AUGCAGUCUAAGCACUUUGGUUCCCAGAACCCAAGUUGUAAGAUCAUGACCUUCUACCCAACCAUGGAAGAAUUUGCGGACUUCAACAAAUACAUUGCUUACAUAGAAUCGCAAGGGGCCCACCGAGCAGGCUUGGCUAAGAUAGUUCCACCCAAGGAAUGGAAAGCCAGACAGACCUACGACGAUAUCGAUGACAUCUUAAUAGCCGCUCCGCUGCAGCAGGUGGUCUCUGGGAGGGCAGGUGUGUUUACUCAAUACCACAAAAAGAAGAAAGCUAUGACAGUGGCAGAGUACCGCCGCUUAGCAAAUACUGAAAAAUACCAGACUCCAUUCUACUCCGAUUUUGAGGAAUUGGAGCGAAAAUACUGGAAAACCCGCGUGUACGAGUCCCCGAUAUACGGCGCGGACAUCAGUGGCUCUUUGUUUGAUGAAAACACGAAGCAGUGGAACCUGGGGCACCUGGGAACCAUCCAGGACCUGCUGGAGCAGGAGUGCGGGGUGGUCAUCGAGGGCGUCAACACUCCCUACCUGUACUUCGGCAUGUGGAAGACCGCCUUCGCCUGGCACACGGAGGACAUGGACCUUUACAGCAUCAACUUCCUGCACUUCGGGGAGCCCAAGACCUGGUACGCGGUGCCGCCCGAGCACGGCUGGCGCCUGGAACGCCUGGCCCGCGAGCUCUUCCCGGGCAGCUCGCGGGACUGCGAGGCCUUCCUGCGGCACAAGGCGGCGCUCAUCUCGCCCACGGUGCUCCGGAACAACGGCAUCCCCUUCGGUCGGGUCACGCAGGAGGCGGGCGAGUUCAUGGUCACCUUCCCCUACGGCUACCACUCUGGCUUCAACCACGGCUUCAACUGCGCCGAGGCCAUCAAUUUCGCCACCCCGCGCUGGGUCGAUUAUGGCAAAGUGGCCUCGCAGUGCAGCUGCGGCGAGGCGCAGGUGGCCUUCUCCAUGGACGCCUUCGUGCGCAUCCUGCAGCCCGAGCGCUAUGAGCUGUGGAAGCGCGGGCAGGACCGGGCGGUGGUGGACCACGCCGAGCCCGCGGCGCCGGGCGGCCGGGAGCUGAGCGCCUGGAACAGGGUGCACUCGCCCUGGGGAACCCGGCUCGCCUGCAACUCCCUCGAGCCGCGCCAGACCCCGCCGCUGACGCCAGGUCCAUCCGCCCCAGCUCACCACCCAACUGGCAGAUGUGUUUCUCGACGUCGUCCUCGGGAAAAGGGAAAAGGGAAAAGGGUACUCCGGGGCUGA